AGAUCAUGAUGAAGUACUGUUUAGGACGACUGCAAAGACGUCGACAAUGCAUGCCAAUGGAUUUUGCAGUAGCAGAUCAGGAGGCUGACUUUAAAUUAGGGUCACUGCUGGCUGAUCGGCUGUGCCUAGAGAUGCAAUCUAGCAGCAGCAUAUCAACACUUGGUGACACUUGUUCAACCCAAGGAUUGAUCAAGAUAAAAUCGUCUUCCUCACUCCCAACUUUCAACAUUCCCAUCCAUGGAGAUCAGAGAUCUCAUGUAUCCCAUGUCGCUUUGAGUAGUAGGCCAUUAGAAAUCCUGCAGGAAAAACCUAAUUAUGGAGUGCCCAAAAAGUUGAAGCAUGCAAGUCCUGAUCCUAAUAAGCAGCGCCUUGGGAACACUACUUGGGCCAAGAAGGAUGAUGAUCAUCAUGAUCAGAAGAAAUGCAAAAGCCGGAAGAAGAAGAAGAAGAAGGGACUUUCACCAAAUCGAUCACGCUUGAAAAUAUUUGGCUGUUAAUCAUCUAUCUAUUUCUUUUAUUUAUCUAUUUUCAUUUCAUUAAAUCUAUUAAUGCUCGA